UUUCCAAGUCGUCCACCACGACCGUGCUAACGCUUACACCCGCGUAGCUGGCUGGCUAGCUGCUCUCGCUCUCGCUCUCCGAUCCGCCACCUACCGCGCGCCAUCGCUGAGUCCUCGCCGAGUCCUAAUUUAUAUUGUGCUACCAACCAUCGAUCCGCCGAUCACACGCGCGUGGUCGAUUGAUUAGCUCUCUCCCCAUUUGCCAUGGGCCUCUGAUGACGCCCCGCGCCUCACGCUAGCGAGCCGUCGUUUGCCGCCUCGGACGCGCGGGGGGACGUUGGCUGGAUCAGGGCGGGGUGGUUGUGUUCGCCGGGCAUGGCGUCGAUCAGAUCGUGCGUGUCGGUGAAGCCGGCGGCGAGCCCGGUCAAGUACAGAUCCGCGAGGGUCGGCGCGGCCGGCUUGGAGCCGAGAGGCCUGCGGAUAUCUUGCUCCUCUUCUUCUUCGUCGUCGUCGUCCUCGUUGGCCUCAGGUGCUGAUGGUUGCGGAGAUGUUGGCGCAGGCUGCGCCAGCAGCAGCGGCAGGGGGAAUGGUGCCGUUGUUGGUCUGGUUGGCGAUGGUUGGUGGGGGAGGAGGGGCGGGCAGCGGGUCGUCGCCAUGUGCAGCGCCGGCAUGGAGGGAGUCCGGCACGCCCCCGCCGUGGCGAGCGUGCCGGCGGCGUCGGCGUUGCCGGAGCGGGCCAAGGUGGUGGCGCUGGUGGCGGCCGUGAUGCUGCUCUGCAACGCCGACCGGGUCGUCAUGUCCGUCGCCGUCGUGCCGUUCGCCGCGCAGUACGGCUGGUCCAGCUCCUUCUUGGGCAUCGUUCAGUCAUCGUUUCUUUGGGGAUAUGUCUUCUCAUCCAUGGUUGGGGGAGCUUUGGCAGACCGAUAUGGAGGGAAGAAGGUGAUGGCAGGUGCUGCUGCUCUCUGGUCCUUGGCCACUUUCCUCACUCCAUGGGCUGCUUCUCAAUCCACCAUUAUGUUGCUUGCCGUACGUGCCCUCUUUGGCCUUGCGGAAGGUGUUGCGUUUCCAACAAUGAGCACUUUCUUGCCGAAGUGGUUCCCAACACAUGAACGUGCUACUGCUGUUGGUAUUUCCAUGGGAGGUUUCCAUCUUGGAAAUGUCAUAAGCUUCUUGGCAACACCGAUUAUCAUGUCGCAUAUAGGUCUUGCCGGGACAUUUGCCUUCUUCGCAUCACUUGGCUACUUGUGGCUCUCUGUAUGGCUGUUCAAUGUCGAAAGUGACCCUCUUGACAGUCGUACAAUAAGCAAAUCUGAGCUGCAACUAAUCCUAGUGGGCCGAAGUACAUCAAAAGUUCAGGGUAGCAAAUUCCCAUCCUUACGAGAUCUGCUGUCGAAGAUUGAAAUGUGGGCCAUCAUUGUAGCUAAUGUGGUCAACAACUGGGGCUAUUUUGUACUACUAUCAUGGAUGCCCGUCUACUUUAAAACGGUUUAUAAUGUCAACUUGAAACAAGCUGCAUGGUUCAGCGCCAUACCUUGGGCAGUCAUGGCUCUGUCUGGUUACGUCGCAGGAGCUUCUGCAGAUUUCCUGAUCAAAUCUGGUUUCUCUAUUGCACUUGUUCGGAAGAUCAUGCAGUCCAUUGGUUUCAUCGGGCCAGGUGUGUCACUGCUUUGCUUAAGAUUUGCCCAAACGCCCUCGGUUGCUGCAGUCUUCAUGACCAUUGCCCUGAGCUUGAGUUCGUGCAGUCAAGCUGGGUACUUCUGUAAUGUACAGGACAUUGCUCCCAAAUACGCCGGAUCUCUGCACGGACUGACGAACGGCAUCGGGACAGUGGCCGCCAUAGUUAGCACCAUAGGAACGGGCUACUUCGUGCAGUGGCUAGGAUCCUUCCAGGCCUUCCUCACCCUCACGGCGGUGCUCUACUUCAGCGCCACCGUGUUCUACAACACCUACGCGACAGGCGACCAAAUUUUUGACUGAGAUGGAAAGAGUACUCUCGUGUAAAAUCUCCAAGUAGCGUACUACCGUUGCUUCUCUCCUAUGGCUGAGCCAGGAAACGAAUGAACAGAUAUCGAUUGAUUGAUUGACUGCCA